AUGACCUUCCUCCGCCCAGCAACCCGGGCUUUUGCCCGCGCGCGACCUGCUUUUAACUCUUCAUCAUACUCUCCCGCAUCAUUCUCAACGAGUCCCCUUCGCUUCUACUCCUCGCCCCCAGCCCGCGACCUCGAAGUCGGCGAACUCCAAGGCGCCUCUUUCAAAGUCGAGCCCAUCCGCCGGGUUGGUGAAGACCCUGCCACCAUGCGCGCCCGUCUUUUAUACCAAUCCCGCAAACGCGGCACCCUCGAAUCCGACCUCCUCCUCUCCACCUUCGCCGCCACCCGCCUCGCCACCAUGACACCCGCCCAACUCGCCGAAUACGACCGGUUCCUCGACGAAAAUGACUGGGACAUUUACUACUGGGCUACUCAGGAGCCGCCUUCCUCUGUCUCUUCUCCUUCUACCUCUUCUUCCUCUGCCUCUACGACCGCCACCGCGGCAGAUACCGAAGCCGGCUCCCCCACACAAGGAACUAGUGCGGACGCUGAUACACCGUCGCAGUCCCCCCGACCAGGAGAAUGGGCUCAAACAGUAGGCACAUUCAAGCCUGCGUAUCGGCCGGUGCCGGCAAGAUGGAAGGAGAGUGAGGUGCUGAGGUUGUUGCGGGAGCAUGUGGCUAGUCGGAGGGGGGAAGGGAAGGGGGGGAUGGGGUUCAUGCCUUCUUUGGAGGCUUAUCGGGGGUGA